GCGAUUCUGCCAGAUAUCACCGCCAUCGUUGAUUAUCGCUGACACGAGGCUGGGAUCACGACUUCGCCAUUUUGGUCAAGUAACUUGCAAAUCAUUCGACUAACCCCUCAGGAUGUCUCGGGCCUCUAAGCUGACACUGGCGGCUACCAGUCUGGGCACAGCGGGAAUUGUUUACUUUGUGCAUUGGGCGCAAGAGCAAGAAAAGGCGUCAAUGCACAAGGCAGUUGAACUCGAUAUGGAGAAACAGCGCAUUCGGCAGGAACGACAGGCUGACUUUGAGAUGCAAAGGGCUCUUGAAGAGGAAUACCGAAAACUCCAGAAAGUCUCACCAAGCUUGGACGAACUCAUUGGAGCACAGAGAAGUCAAGGACAAGGGUCAUGAGACAUCUCUUGGUCUGCUGAUCCGACGAAGUGUGAUAAAGAUACUCAGGUCCAUGACUGUUGAACUUUACGGCAGCUACGCGGCAGUAAGAUAUACCUGGCUUGUACGAUAGACGAAGACCAUACACCCCAAUCUUUGCGAAAGCAUACCCUGGAAUUGACUCAUGCACUACCACAUAACGAUCAGCUCGCGCGAAGGGCUAAGGGAAUAGCUUGCUGCAAAGCCAUGACGCAGUAUCAAGAUCACAUACAUACAUGCAUAUAAUUGCGAUUUGCAAAGUUAAAACUCUUUAUGAAACCUUCUGUAUCUCUUCACAGUAUAUAGCAGUGUUGUUUGCAACACAAUACUUCGAGAAAGUAACCUUCGAAUCUUGCCUGCAGAUAAGACGCC